AGUGGAUGGAAAAAUCGUCCUUUUACGUUAAUCAUAAUCAUAAAUUAUAUCCAUAUCAUACUAUCACACCUCAAUCCAUAUCUUAAUAUCUUCAAACUGCACAUCUACCUGCCAAUCCCCCCUCCUCCAAGCCGUAGCCUCGUACAAACCUUUCCCAGAGACAUGGUGAAAUAACGUUGUCUGCUUACAGUCCUUUCCCAAAAAUAAUGCCACUCCCUUAUCUCUCUCUCCAACGGUAAGACUCCGAUCGCUACCGAUUUCCCAUCCUGGUCGACCGGCAUUAUCUCCCCGAAAGACAUCAUGGACAGGACUGAGCACUCGCGGGAGCGCCGCUAUAUGCUGUGACCCUCAAUUCUUAGGCACAAAACCGGAGAGUGGUUGAAGGGGCAAAGGUAACGCCCGCAGUGGCGAAUUCGGUCCUGCUAGGAAGUGAGUACGUUUGGGAUCAUGAAGCGAGUAAUCAGGCUGUUACGAUGCUGUGGCGGUCCAAGGACAAUGUGGACAGCGCGGAAGGUUACUCAGGCUUGGUGCUGUGUACUGGCACCCCAACAGAUCAGCAUGGCGAAGCUGUCGUUUUUCAAGAUUAUGAGACUGGUCUAAGAAUGUGGGAGUCAGAAGGAUCCUCAUUGCCCGCGAACAUAAAAGCCGGCUUCCUGUUACCUGGGGGGAACCGUGAGCCGAUGAUUGUUGUCCUUGGUCCAAAGCAACCGAUUAGUUACAACUGUGUAACAAGGGGAGUGUCGUACAAACGGAAAGACGAUAUCCAUCAGGUCUCUGACCUAUUUCGCAAAUGUCAUUGUCAGGUACCAUGAACUUUGUUUGCCAGAUGGGUAAUAGAU